GAAGUAUACAAUUUUAGUUGCGUAUCUCAUCAGAGCAUGUUCAUGAACAACAAUUUGAUAUGAUAAUCAUCAGCCGCGCCAUGGAGUCGCGUGAGCAUGCGUCUAUCCAGCUCCAAUGAGCGUGCGUUUUCGGGGCAGAAAAGAUUCCGACCUGCCAACAUCACACACAGGAGCUUUACUUUCUUCCCAAUUUCUCCUCCGCCUUCAUUCAUUCGUUGCCCAUUUGCCCUCCAAAGAAUUCCGAGCUGAUCUCUUCACAUCCAGCCUCGUGUUAACCCUAAUCUCCUCCAUGUCUACCUCUCCUCUCACAGGUUACAGUUGACUCAUUGAAUUUGUAAGCUUGAAGCCAAGUGUCAUUCUUGAUUGGUUUCACUGGUAACAAAGCCAUUGCCUCGCCGGAGUUCCUCUCAACAAAAGCAAUCGGCAGAAUCAAUCCUUGCUCCAGCCUUGGAGAAUGCCGCAGCAGCCUUGGAGAAUUAUAUUGUACAUGGAGGUGAUUCUCAUUCCGGCAUCCAAAAUCCCCAUGGAUCUUGAUCUCUUCCCACAGAAUAUAUAUGGAGGGUGUGAUCAUCAACUUUAGCAGCUCUUCUCAUAAUGGAUCCAGAAGACGGAUUUCCUGCAAAAGUUUCAGGUAUUCAAAGUCUUUCUUCCAGUGUCCAGAGUAAUCCAGGGAAAAUUUCAGACGAUUCAUCCAGAAGUCCAGACUCACUACAAAAGUCCCUGAAUUCUGGGGUAGUGAAAGAUCUUUCUCAGCUGAACUUUAAUAAGGAAAAGAAUAAAUUGGCUUCUUUUACAUGCAAAAUGGCUGAGCAUACGGCAAAGCCAAUCAAGAACGUUAUCAAGAGUCAAGACCCAAAAAAACCUACAUCUUUAAGCACCAAAGAUCAUCAUGCUUCAAGAAAGAAGGACAGGAAGGGUGGAAACCCUGUUCGGAUACCUCCAGCCUAUUCUGCAGAUGCAAAGUGUUCAAAUUCAUGGAUAUGUAAAAACUCCGCCUGUAGAGCAACUGUUUCAAUGAAUGACACAUUCUGUAAGAGGUGCUCUUGCUGCAUCUGUCACUUGUUUGACGAUAAUAAGGAUCCAAGUCUUUGGUUGGAAUGUACAUCACAGUCUGGUCAAGAAGAGUCUUGUGGCUUAACAUGUCAUAUCGAGUGCGCUCUCCAGCGUGGGAAGGUGGGGGUUGUUGACCUUGGGCAACUAAUGCAGCUAGAUGGUAGCUACUGUUGUGCUUCUUGUGGCAAAGUUUCAGGCGUACUGAGACACUGGAAGAAGCAACUUCUUAUUGCAAAAGAUGCUCGUCGUGUUGAUAUCUUGUGUUACAGAAUAUACUUGAGUUACAAACUCCUGGAUGGAUCUUCCAGAUUUAAAGAACUACUUGAAAUCAUUAGAGAUGCCAAAGCCAAAUUGGAAACCGAGGUUGGUCCUCUUGAUGGAGUUUCAGCUAAUAUGGCUCGUGGCAUUGUCAGCAGGCUUCCUGUUGCAGGCGAUGUGCAGUCUCUCUGUUCUCUUGCUAUCGAGAAAGUUGAUGAAUUGCUAGCCACAAAAUCUGAUGAAGUCCCUAAUUGGAGAGAGGAGGGUUCACUGCCAGCCGCGUGCAAAUUCCUUUUCGAGGAAGUGACUUCCUCUUCAGUUGUGAUUGUGUUGAUAGAAGUAUGCAGUUCAUCAUCUUCAGAACAUGUCCAAGGCUACAAGCUUUGGUACUGUAAGGCUAGGGAAGACAGCGACACAAAAGAGCCCGCUUGUGUCAUCCCCAGAACCCAGCGAAGGGUUUUGAUAUCAAAUUUGCUGCCUUGCACUGAAUACUCAUUCAGAAUCAUAUCUUACACUGAGUCUGGUGACUUGGGUCACUCCGAGGCUAAAUGCUUCACAAAGAGUGCUGAGAUAAUAACCCAUAGAAAUUUGAACUCAUUAGCUCGAAAUCAUCAAGGGAAAGACAUUCUAGAAGAAACCACAAAAAUAGAGUCAGAUUCUGGAUUCAAGGUCCGAGACCUCGGGGAAGUCUUUCGACUUGCAUGGGCCCAACAAGAACGCUGUUUGGACGGCUUCUGUAGCGCAGAAAUGGAAAAGUUUUGUGAAGCGUGUAAUACUGUCAAACCAAACAUAAUACAUGACUGUAAGCCUUCAGUGUCUCGCCAGCUGGACUUAAAUGUUGCCACUGUUCCUGAUUUGAAUGAAGAGCUAAUCCUCCCCGUGGAAUCUUCUAGAGACGAAGACAAUGAGAACAGAAGUGGCGAAUCCCAAAGCUAUGGUGAGGCAACAGUGUCUCGAAAGAGAGUGGCUGCUAGCAAUUCGGGCAGCACCCUGGUGGCCGGGGGUUCACCUUUCGGCCACUUGGACGAGAACUUUGAGUACUGUGUCAAGAUAAUCCGGUGGCUGGAGUGUGAGGGUCACAUUGACAAAGACUUCAGAUUAAAGUUGCUGACUUGGUUUAGCCUGAGGUCGAGCGUGCAGGAACGCAGGGUGGUCAGCACAUUUAUCCAAACACUCAUUGAUGAUCCAAAUAGCUUAGCGGGUCAGCUGGUUGAUUCGUUCUCGGACAUUGUUUCUAAUAAGAGGGCUCGCAACGGUUUUUGCAGCAGCCUUUGGCAUUAAGUUUCCAUCUAGACUGAUUAUAUCCCUAAUUCUCUCUGUACAUGCCAUUUUUUAAAAGGGCGACUUGCCAUAUUUUAGGUGAUUCAUUCGUAUAGUGGACAAGCCUGUCCAGCUAAACACAUUCUUGCUAUUUGUUUGUUAAGCAACUUGAUUCCUACUGACACGGAAAUAUUUUCAAAUUCAAGAAAUUUUACACUACAGGAAACAUGUUUUUUAGUUUUUUUUUGUAAUUUUCUAGAGCAUCUGUCUCUGCUCACCCAAAAAGUAUGGACAGUGAUCCUUCUAUAUAAGGGUUCACACUUCACACGGUCUGGACAGCCUCGCCAAGAAUGUUUGGAACUUCAACAGCCCAUUUGGAUAGAGUGAAUUUAAAUGAACUCAUUUAAUUGAAUCUAGCUUUGUUUAAGAUUGGUUGAAUGCAGUUGAACCAAGUGUUUAUU